UUUCUUUAAUGAGGGCACUGUUUCUUUAACCAGGCCGUUCCCCUUUGACAGCUAGAGGUGUGGCUAUGGAUCUAGCCCCUCCCCCUUUCCGAUGCCUCCACUUAGAAGUCCAUAGUAUGCUUAGUGUUAGCAGCAGACAGAGCUCCCUGCAACAACUGUGAUACACUCCCCUACAUGCAGGCGGGGCGGGAUCUGUCUGCAAGGCUCCCUGUCCUUAACCCUCUGUGCCCUUUCUCUGUGUUAAUGCACUCCCUUCGGCUUGGGCUUCUUUAGUCUUACCUUGCUGUUUAGUCUCCUCUUCGCUCUGUGUAUCCAACCCCUUUCUUUCCAACGCUUUCCAGACUCUCAUUGUUUCACAACAUUUCAGUGUGGCAGCUGGGGGAGAGGAGAACUGCACUUGUGCUACAUAUCUCGCUGGAGACCACCAGCUCCUGGAACAGACACUCCGACUACAGCUGGAGAGCAAGAGCCAAGCAGCGCUACUGGUUGCAGACUGGGAGUGAGAGCAUCAGGAUUGUUGGCACACCGGGACUGCCAUGCGUGUCUGUAAAGGGCAUGUUGUCUGCCUGCGGAUUGUUAUAUUUAUAUAAGACUGGAUCCUGAUGAGAUUCUUUGGCUUUUCCAUACGACCGCUUCCUCGGCUCUGCGUUUCCGUCCUGCAUUCACCAUCACAACUGUUGGAUAUGGAAGGAUCAUUAUAAAAAAAAGUGUAAUUUGUGUCCUCCGUGACCUAGUUGUAAGGCAAGAAAGCUGAUCCCACACGGCGCUCUUCUGGAAUGCAUUGUGCCCUGCAUAUAACAGACAGCUGGAUAUAAAAGUCGUGUGUCAGUAUCCGCUCGCCCCCUCUUCUUGCCUUCACUUACAGUUGUAGCCUCAUAGACACUGCACAAGUUUGCUGGUUGAAGAGAAUGACCCGUUUCUGCUGGCUUUUAACUCUUCCGUUCCUGUGGCAGCUGCUGGCGUUGGCCUGGACGCUGGAGAUGGGUCUCUACGACGUGGAGAGGGGGAGGGAGACCAAGUGCGAGCCCAUUCAGAUUCCCAUGUGUCAGGGAAUUGGCUACAACAUGACCAGGAUGCCCAACUAUGUGGGCCAUGAGUCUCAAGAAGAGGCAGCGGUGAAGCUCCAGGAGUUCGCCCCGCUGGUGGAGUAUGGCUGCCAUGUUCACCUCCGCUUUUUUCUCUGCUCCCUUUAUGCCCCCAUGUGCACCGAGCAGGUGUCAACUUCAAUCCCUGCCUGCAAGCCCAUGUGUGAAGCUGCUCGUCUAAAGUGCUCCCCCAUAAUGGAGCGAUUCAACUUCGGGUGGCCUGAUUCCCUGGAUUGCUCACGUCUUCCUAGCAAGAAUGACCCUAAUGCUCUGUGUAUGGAAGCACCUGAGAAUGCAACAAGUGGCGACCCUCCAAACAAUGGACAAGGUAUGCUUCCAGUGGCCCCCCGCCUUCCACCCCUAUCGGGAGCUGGUACAGGCCUUCCCAGUCGCUGUGCCAAUCCUGACAAGUUUCUGUAUGUAGAGAGAAGUGGAGUGUGUGCUCCAAAAUGCACCCCCGGGGUAGAUGUCUAUUGGUCAUCAGGUGACAAGGACUUUGCUUUGGUGUGGAUGGCUGCAUGGUCUGGCCUUUGCUUUAUCUCCACCGCCUUCACUGUUUUGACAUUUCUGCUGCAUCCCCAGCGAUUUCAGUAUCCUGAAAGGCCUAUCAUCUUCCUCAGUAUGUGCUACAAUGUAUAUUCUACUGCAUUUCUCAUCCGUGCUGCAGCUGGGGCCCCCAGCAUCGCCUGUGAUCGUGAGGGAGGAGCACCCUACCUGAUCAGAGAGGGUCUUGAAAGCAGUGGCUGCACGUUGGUCUUCCUGAUCCUGUAUUACUUUGGCAUGGCCAGCUCUCUGUGGUGGGUCGUGCUAACCCUUACCUGGUUUCUGGCAGCUAGCAAAAAGUGGGGCCAUGAAGCGAUUGAGUCUCACGGUAGCUAUUUCCACCUUGCUGCUUGGGGAGUUCCAGCUGUGAAAACGAUUAUCAUCUUAACUAUGAGGAAGGUAGGGGGAGAUGAGUUGACGGGGCUCUGCUAUGUUGGGGGGUCAGAUCCCAGUGCCCUAACUGGCUUUGUGCUGGUGCCACUCUCCUGUUACUUGGUGACAGGCACAUCAUUUCUCCUGACCGGCUUUGUUGCCCUCUUCCAUAUUAGACGGGUAAUGAAGACUGGGGGAACCAACACAGAGAAACUGGAGAAGCUGAUGGUUAAGAUUGGUGUAUUCUCCAUCCUAUAUACUGUUCCAGCUACUUGUAUUAUUGUCUGUUGCUUCUAUGAGAGGCUCAAUUUGGCUCACUGGGAAGCCAGAGCACGCGAGGAGUCCUGUAGGACAGCGACUGGAAGUGGCAGGCCAGACUGUACUUUAGCCCACUCCAUUCCAAGUGUUGCAGUCUUCAUGCUUAAGAUCUUCAUGUCGCUGGCUGUGGGUAUUACCAGCGGGGUGUGGGUGUGGAGCUCUAAGACUCUGCAGGCCUGGCAGGGCAUCUUGUGCCAACGUCGGCUUGGGGUAGUGAGUGCUAGGACUCGAGGGAAGCCCAGAGGAGUGGUUCCCUGCACCUUGGGGAGCUGCCCUUACAAACCACCACCACUCGCUCUUCAAGUUGCCAAGUCUGGCCCCUUCAUGGACAGUCCAACGCAUGUGUGAAGCCUAGUUGUGGGGAUAACUCAAGGGAUGGGGAAUCCAGCUCAGACUUGUCAUUGGAAAAUACACUUGUUUAUGCAGUUCUGAUGGAACCUUGUUAUUAGUGGAGUGCAGGCAUUUUGUGAGCAGAAUAAACCUCCAACAGGAAAGAGGCAUGGAGUUCUUCUGAAAAUAACUGUGUGACAUUCGAGGAACAGGUCGAUACCCUGCCUGCAGCUCUGUUGCAGUGAAUGGCAUUCUGCAGAAGUCUCCUGGGGUGGUUGGAGCUACAGAUGUAAGAUCCUUGAUUUGCCUGAAUGUUGGCUGCUUUCAUGUGAACACUGAGCCCUUAUGCAGCUGUUUCAAAGGAGCUGCCCCCUCCUCUCGUUCUAAGACUACAGCAGCGUCCAGUGCAGACGAUAUUACCUAGAUUGGCAUCUGUAUGACUUAUCAAGUCUAUGUCCUUUUGUUUUUCCAGAACCCCGACUGAUCACGUUAAUAUGUGUUGCAUUACAGGGGCACAUCUAUUAGCUACUGAAAAGGGAAAUAAUUGCUAAAUGAAAAGUAUUGGUAGGGAUAGGCAAACUGUUUCAUCCCAGCACCUGUGGACUGUAACUGGCCAAGCAUCAUGGGAGUUGCAGUCCACAGUGUGCUCAUGUUGAUUGGUGGACAGGAAUGCUGUGUCGAUAUACACAGAGCUGAAUUCAGGUGUUCUCCAAACAAGCAGAAAAUUUACCUAAUAUAUGUGCAAUGCAAAAAAAAAGCGAUAUAAAGGGCUGUGUUUUUGUUGCGGACACUGCGAAGGUAUGAAUGGAAUUCACCAUUUCAUUAGUGGAAAAUGCAACUGUGUCUAGUAUUGGCUCCGUCUGUUACCUCUUCUCCCAUGACUCAGUGUGAAGGAUUUUAUUAUUUUAUUAUAUUAUCAGAGGUACAUGGAAUGAAGGGUCAUGUUAAACACCACCAUGAGUUCUU